GGGGCUAAAGAGUUUGCCUACUGUCCUUACAGUAGGUUCCGGAUGGGGGCAGCCCUGUUGGCACAUGAUGGGACAGUUUUUACAGGUGAGGGGCUUUCAAAUAAUAUAAUAAUGGUAUAAUAUAAUAAUAAUACAUGGGUUGGGGGCUGAUAAAAUGCUUCCAUUUAUUUAUUUAGUAUGUUGAAUGCUGCUGUAACUCUUCAGGUGGCUUGAAAGAACUACAGUGCAUUCAUGAUAAUUUAUAACAAUGUUAUGCACCAUGGAAUAAAGAACAUAUAAUGGUGUUCUGUUAAGGAAUGGAAAUAGAAAAAUACAAAACCAAAAAAAAUUAUAUAAAAAAUAUAAUACAUUUGAACAUUCUUUGAUGUUUGUCAAGGGAUGCUGAAGGUGGGUGUGGUGUAUGAAUCAAGCGCAGGACGCAGAAGCUCAGUCCAAAAUACUUUAGUGCACUAUUCACGUAGAAAAUAAGCACAAUAAGCCCGAAGGCGAAAUAACGGCGCACACAGGCGUCAAACAAACGGCGCACUAACAUGUGCGAAAAACCUCUCCAAAACACUGGAGGGAAGUACGUAGCUCCAACACAAAACAGAAGAGCAAUCACACACAAAGACAAACACACACAACGAGAACUAAAUAGGACACUAACGAGGACUAACAAGACACAGGUGUACAACAUCAAGACAAAACCAAACGAACAUGAAACAUAGAUCGGUGGCAGCUAGUACUCCGGGGACGACGACCGCCGAAGCCUGCCCGAACCAGGAGGAGGAGCAGCCUCGGCCGAAACCGUGACAAUGUUAUAAAGUUUGUUGACAGGCCAGAAGAUAAAGUCAGAGGCCAGAGGAUAAAGUCAGACAGGCCAGAGGAUAAAGUAAGAGGCCAGAGGAUAAAGUCAGACAGGCCAGAGGAUAAAGUAAGAGGCCAGAGGAUAAAGUCAGACAGGCCAGAGGAUAAAGUAAGAGAGGCCAGAAGAUAAAGUCAGACAGGCCAGAGGAUAAAGUCAGAUAGGCCAGGGGAUAAAGUAAGAGAGGCCAGAAGAUAAAGUCAGACAGGCCAGAAGAUAAAGUCAGAGGCCAGAGGAUAAAGUCAGACAGGCCAGAGGAUAAAGUAAGAGAGGCCAGAAGAUAAAGUCAGACAGGCCAGAGGAUAAAGUCAGAUAGGCCAGUGGAUAAAGUAAGAGAGGCCAGAAGAUAAAGUCAGACAGGCCAGAAGAUAAAGUCAGAGGCCAGAGGAUAAAGUCAGAUAGGCCAGUGGAUAAAGUAAGAGAGGCCAGAAGAUAAAGUCAGACAGGCCAGAAGAUAAAGUCAGACAGGCCAGUGGAUAAAGUCAGACAGCCAGAUAUCAAAGCCAGAAGAUAAAGUCAGAGGCCAGAAGGAUAAAGUCAGACAGGGCCAGUGUCAGAUAAAGUCAGACAGGCCCAGAAGAUAAAGUCAGAGGCCAGAGGAUAAAGUCAGCUAGGCAGGGAUAAAGUCAGAGGCCAGAGGAUAAAGUCAGGGCCAGUGGAUAAAGUCAGACAGGCCAGUGGAUAAAGUCAGACAGGCCAGUGGAUAAAGUCAGACAGGCCAGAGGAUAAAGUCAGACAGGCCAGAAGAUAAAGUCAGAGGCCAGAGGAUAAAGUCAGACAGGCCAGUGGAUAAAGUCAGACAGGCCAGAAGAUAAAGUCAGACAGGCCAGAGGAUAAAGUCAGACAGGCCAGUGGAUAAAGUCAGACAGGCCAGAAGAUAAAGUCAGAGGCCAGAGGAUAAAGUCAGACAGGCCAUAUAGUCAGACAGUCCAGGGAUAUAUCAGACAGGCCAGAGGAAAGUCAGAGGCCAGAGAUAAAGUCAGACAGGCCAGUGGAUAAAGUCAGACAGGCCAGUGGAUAAAGUCAGACAGGCCAGAAGAUAAAGUCAGAGGCCAGAGGAUAAAGUCAGACAGGCCAGUGGAUAAAGUCAGACAGGCCAGUGGAUAAAGUCAGACAGGCCAGAAGAUAAAGUCAGAGGCCAGAGGAUAAAGUCAGACAGGCCAGUGGAUAAGUCAGACAGGCCAGAGAUAAAGUCAGACAGGCCAGAAGAUAAAGUCAGAGGCCAGAGGAUAAAGUCAGACAGGCCAGUGGAUAAAGUCAGACAGGCCAGAAGAUAAAGUCAGACAGGCCAGAGAUAAAGUCAGACAGGCCAGUGGAUAAAGUCAGACAGGCCAGUGAUAAAGUCAGACGGCCAGAGAUAAAGUCAAGCAGUGACCAGAAGGAUAAAGUCAGACAGGCCAGUGGAUAAAGUCAGACAGGCCAGAAGAUAAAGUCAGAGGCCAGAGGAUAAAGUCAGACAGGCCAGUGGAUACAAACAGGAUCUUUCUGAUUCAGUAUUAUAAUGGUAUUGGUUGUGUCUGUUCUGUUGUGUCUGUUCUGCUUGAAAUCACAACCCAGACAUUUUUAAAGAUGUCGAUUAAUGAACCCAUCAUAGAAUUAAUCGGGUUUUGCUUCCCCUCAGAGUGUGUAGAUGGUUAUAAACCAUUCUACUAUCAAAGUCAUGCUAAGAUAAACAGUAAUUGGGGGUGUCUUAGUCUUCCUGAAAUGUUCAGUAGAUAAUUAAUAGAGAAAUUACAAAAAAAAGUUGUAUACUAUACUAUUAUGGUCAACACUAACUAUAUUGGUGCACACAGUACUAAAAAUGACCGUUGUUAAUGACAUGAUUGAUUUUGUAGUGACCUGGAAGACCAGUUCAUCUCACCAUGUGGAGAUUGCAGACAGUUCAUGAAAGAGGUACAUCAAUUAUUUAUACAACUUAGAUAUGUGAAUGAUUCCAUUGACAAUGGAACAAAGGUCUAAUCCAGGAAACCAACAUGUAUGGUUGUUUUAAAAUCAAAGGUACAUCACACAGCCUGAACCAGUACCUGAAUUUGAGGAGACGAGAUUUCCUCUGACGACCAGGAUCCUUCAAUUCAAAGUCCCAUUAACCAGCUCUGCAAACGUUAUAAUGUCAAAAUAUCUUCAGUGCUCACCUAAAUAUGGCGUUUCGCAGACCAACUAUCGUCAUUCCUGCCGUUACGCACUGUAUGUACUUCCAAAAAAGGUCUAAAUAAAAAGUAUAUAUUGUUUUUGACCGCUGUCAUGUGUCUGAUAUUAACAGUGUGCUGUUGUGUUAGUUGUCGAACAAAGGACAGAGAAGAGCAGCCAUAUCUUGUCACCAGAUGGCCUAGUCUUGCAGGACUGCAAUAACAGGACAACACCCACGCCCAAGGCCACAAUCACCAGAUCCUCCUCACGCAGUUCCCUGGACACACACAAACAUUUCAUUUGCACGCACACUCAUUCUCAACUCCCCUGUCUACUGGUCGGGUGCCAAGGGCAGAGGACUCUGCCGUGCACCAAUGGGGCAUCUGCUCUGGACAGAGCAGACCCGCCUCCUACGCCUCGGGAACCAAUCAAGGGACUAGAAGAAGGACCCCUUCCUUUAUGUUACAUUGUAUAAAGUAAUGCUGUAAACUCUAUUUAAUCAUCCUUCUCAACUGUCUCCAUAAGAGGCAAUUGAUUGGGUCCAUGCAUGUAGCUUGAGCAGGACAAGAUCUCUCUGAUUUAAUAAACUGCCUUUUUGCAUUAAGCAAAUUCCUCUCUGUCUAGCGUCGAUGGUUUGUACUCCCUCUCCUUAUUAUGUGUUCACCAACACCGCCGAAGUACAUACAGUGCGUAACGGCAGUAUUGACGAUAGUUGCUCUUCGAAACUCCAUAUUUUGGUGACCACCGAACGUAUUUUGACAUUAUAACGUUUGCAGAGCUGGUUAAUGGGACUUUGAAUUAAAGGAUCCUGUGCGUCAGAGAUUGAUCAUGUCUCCUCAAACCCAGGUACUGGUUCACACACAGCCAUCCACCUAUAAUGGAACAACCUCAAGUAAUCCAAUUUCCCUUUCCCUUCUAGUUAGGUGAUCAAUGGUACUUCUACCUUUCCAAGCCUGAUGGUUCUUACGUGGAAAUGAAUAUAGAAGACCUGCUUCCUGUGUCCUUUGGGCCCGAAGACCUGAAGAAAAACAGAUUGUUCACCACAAAGAAUGGGUCAUAA